AUGGUGAACACGAACUUCCCAAGGCCAGACCAACCUAGGCCAAGGUUGGAUUUAGGUGGCUCGGCGAAGGUUGUAGCAGAAAGAAGGGCAAGGGAGAUUCCGGCGGACCCUGAGGCAAGGGUCAAGGCCAAAAUGUAUCCUGAGGUGACCAAGGUUCUCGAGACAAAAUUUUCGACCAAGGAAGAACCCUCCAAAGCCCAAAACUCCCACUGGUACCACUUGCAAGGCGGAGUUAGAAUAGGCGGACAAAAGGCAAGCUCAACUUGA